CCCAAGCCCGCCCUGAAUCACAUGAGCCCCUGCCGCCUCCCGCCCCUUCCCCAAGCAGGCAGGCGGUGGCUGCUAGAAGACCCAGAGCUCUAUGGGGGACAGAGUCCUCAGGCUCUGAGAAACCCAGGCUGGCCAGAACUCUUCAUCUGUCCCUUGAGGCCCCACGAGGUCAGCCGGCAAAGGCACUCACAGCCGACUUUGACCCUGGCCCCACACUGGCCCCUGUUGGAGGGCUGCCUACCUCGCACCUGGGUCAAGAUUCAGUCUCCAGGAUCCACCUCCAGCUCCAUGUCCCACGCAGCCCCUGUGCUGGAGAGCAGACUCCUGGCGUCCCCCAGCUGCUUGGCUCCCCGGGGUCCCAGGAAGGGCAGCCAAGCAGCGGACAGGAAGGAGAAGAAGGCCGCAGCGAUGCCUGACUCCCCCGCUGAGGUGAAGACACAGCCCCAGUCCACGCCCCCCAGCAUGCCGCCCCCUCCACCCACUGCAUCCCAGGGCACCACGCGGCACCCUUCCUUCACGCCCCACACAAAUCGAGAGGAUGGGCCUGCGAUGUCUCUGCCCCAUGGCCGUUUUCAUGGCUGCUUAAAAUGGUCUAUGGUCUGUCUUUUGAUGAACGGCAGCAGCCACUCACCGACGGCCAUCAAUGGCACCCCAUCCACGCCCAAUGGCUUCAGCAAUGGCCCAGCCACCUCAUCCACGGCUUCGCUGUCCACACAGCACCUGCCCCCAGCCUGCGGGGCACGGCAGCUCAGCAAACUCAAGCGUUUCCUCACCACCCUGCAGCAGUUCGGCAGCGACAUCUCCCCAGAGAUCGGGGAGCGCGUGCGCACGCUAGUGCUGGGGCUUGUGAACUCCACGCUGACCAUUGAGGAGUUUCAUUCCAAGCUCCAGGAGGCUACCAACUUCCCACUACGCCCAUUCGUCAUCCCCUUCCUGAAGGCAAACCUGCCCUUGCUGCAGCGGGAACUCCUGCACUGCGCCCGCCUGGCCAAGCAGACCCCUGCCCAGUACCUGGCCCAGCACGAGCAGCUCCUGCUGGAUGCCAAUGCCUCUUCCCCCAUUGACUCCUCGGAGCUCCUGCUGGAAGUGAAUGAGAACGGCAAGAGGAGGACACCUGACAGGACCAAAGAGAAUGGGUCAGACCGCGACCCAAUGCACCCUGACCACCUCAGCAAACGACCAUGCACCCUGAGCCCCGCCCAGCGCUUCAGCCCCAGCAAUGGGCUGCCCCACCCUACACCGCCUCCACACUACCGCCUCGAGGACAUGGCCUUGGCCCACCAUUCCCGGGACUCCUACCGCCACCCUGACCCGCGGGAGCUGCGGGAGCGCCACCGACAACUCAUCCACGGGUCUCGGCCAGAGGAAGUGAUUGACCACAGGCUUACAGAGCGAGAAUGGGCUGAGGAAUGGAAGCACCUCAACAACCUCCUGAACUGUAUCAUGGACAUGGCUGAGAAGACACGGCGGUCACUCACGGUGCUGCGCCGGUGCCAGGAGGCUGACCGGGAGGAGCUCAACCACUGGGUCAGGCGCUACAGCGACGCUGAGGACACCAAGAAGGGCCCUGCGCCCACCCCCACCCGGCCUCUCAGCAGCUCUGCCGGCACAGAGGGGUCUCAGCUAGACGUGCACCGGGAGUUCAUGCCUAGGACCCUCUCCAGCUACAUGCCCGAGGAGAUCUGGAGGAAAGCUGAGGAGGCGGUGAAUGAAGUGAAGCGGCAGGCGAUGUCUGAGCUGCAGAAAGCCGUGUCGGAUGCCGAGCGGAAGGCCCACGAGCUCAUCAGCACAGAGCGCGCCAAGAUGGAGCGGGCCCUGGCUGAGGCCAGACGGCAGGCCUCAGAGGAUGCCCUCACCGUCAUCAACCAGCAGGAGGACUCCAGUGAGAGCUGCUGGAACUGUGGGCGCAAGGCCAGCGAGACAUGCAGCGGCUGCAAUGCAGCGCGCUACUGCGGCUCCUUCUGCCAGCACAAGGACUGGGAAAAGCACCACCACGUGUGUGGCCAGAGCCUGCAGGGCUCCACGGCCGUGGUGGCCGACCCGGUGCCUGGACAGCCCGAUGCCACUGCCAGCCUGGGCUCCUGCCUGCCCACGGGCGCCGCCAGCCCCAGUGAAGCUGGCUCCACGGGGCCUUCUCGCCCCGGCUCCCCUGGCCCACUGGAUGCCGCACCCCGCUGACCCCUCCCAGACCCGCUGCUCAGCCCACGGACACGCAUCCACCGACCCCGCUAGGCCCCAGCCACCGGACACUGCGCCCGGCCCUGGGAGCCCAACCAUUGGAGUCACUGCUGCUACUGCUUCUCUCCAAAAGAAAACACAAAACCAACAAAAACUGCAUUCAACGCAACUUCCUCAGCUACCUGACGAUCUCACGCAACAACCUCUUCAAGCAUCCUCAGAACCUCCCACUGAGCUUUAGACAACGGAGAGGACGCUGGCCGCUGGCCUGAGCACCACCGGCUGGUCCACUGCCCUUCCUUCUCUCUCUCUCUCUCUCUCUCUCUCUCUCUCUCUCUCUUCCUCUCCCUCCCUCCCUCUCCCUCUCUUUCUCCUUCUCCUUCUUCCUUUUCUUCUCCCUCUCCCUCUCCUUUCUUCUGUCUUUAUGACUUUUACACACUUUCUCUUUAAUGAAAAAAACUAAUUGUUUGGUGGCUUAUAUUUUCAGUGAAGAAUUUUGGGAGGUUUUAUGGCAAAAAGAGCUAUUCAGAAAUGGACAAAGAAAACUAUGGGUUUUUGUUCCCCUUCCUCAUUAAAAAGGGAGAAAGAAAACUGUUAUUUUAUAGCCGGAGAUCUGAGCCGCUGUGUCACAGAAACUACCCCAAGGGUAUGUGGCCGAUUGGGUAAAGACGGUAAGAAAGACUUCAGUUUCUGACCCAAGAAGCAUUUUUUGGUUUCAGAUUUUUUUUCCCUUUAAUGUCAAACUCUUUGGCUUUAAGUAGAAAUCCAAAAAGGUUUUUUUUUUUUUUUUAAAUAAAGGAAACAUACCUGUAAACUACCUUGCCAGCUAGCCAGCCAAGGACGCCGCACACACCUCUGUUCCAAAGGAAAUCCAAAAAGCAAACACGAAAAGUCAAAAUCCAAAAUUUGUUUGUCACUGCCAAAGUAUUUUUUUCACUGUUUUCCUCCACUCUUGGGUUUGUUCAGAUGUCGGUCUUUCCUUUUGAUUCUGUUUUUGGAGUUUGGGAUAUUGGGGUUUGAAGGGUUUUGCCCAACAAAAAGCGACUUUUGUUUCUUUUCGACGAGAUGGCAGCGCCUUCACUGGGCACAGAGUGGUGGGCAAUGCAGCCCUCAGCACCCCACCUGCCGUGUACGUGAGAGUGUCUGCGUGUGCGCACGGGGCAUGCCCAGCCGUGUGGUAAGCGUGUGCAGAAGAUAACUCCGUCUGUCCUCACGCCCUCUGUGAAUUUUCAUCACAUUUCAUUUCUUCCACUUGUGAAAAAAAGUGCUAACAUGUCCUUCCCAGAGAGAGCAUAAUUCCGAAACAAAACUGUGACAAUCUUUCGGGUUGAUUCUUGAGUGCUUUUCAAAGCACAAGGAGACAGCAACUGCGCCUUUAAUGAACUGCUUCUCCGUUUUUCCUCCUCUACCUCUUCUCCCCCUCCUCAAUGCCCCCCUACCCGACUCGUCUUUGCCCCGUCACCACCCACCCCCAGUAUUCCUUGCACCUACUCUCCUUCACACUUUUGCAGAAAAAGAAAAAAA